UUUUGACUGUCAGGGCCUGGGGUUGUUGGCUUACCUUGCUCCAGAGUAUGACGUCAACUGACUCCAUCUAAGCAAGUGGUGGUUGCCUUCCCAAACCACAAUGUGGCUAACUGUCAAGCUUCUCUUAGGCAGGAGGUGCUUACUCCAAGUCUCAGAGAAUGAGAAAGUAUUUAUGUUAAAACGACUAGUGUCGAAACAGCUUCAUGUCCCCGAGAAACAGCAGCGGCUACUCUUCAGAGGCCAGGUCCUGGCUGAUAACAAGCGUCUCUCCGACUACUGUAUUGGACCCAAUUCUACCCUCAAUGUGAUCCUCCGUCCCUUGGAGAAGGCAUCCCCUGAGAGGCCUUCCCAGUCUCAGUCUCCUUCUCAGUCCCAGUCCUUGUGGCCUCAGCUUAUGAAGAUUCUGGCCAAACAUUUUAGCCCACAGGAUGCAGAGAAAGUCCUUAGCCAGCUAAAAGAUGAGCACAAGAAGUGUCUGCAACACAUGAGCCUGGACGACCUGGAGCGAAUCUCAAAACUCUUACUUUCAGAAAAGAAGCACCUAGGAGCCUCUGGCUCUACUGUCCAGUCCAAAGGUGAUAUGGAGCCCCGAGGAGAUAUGAAAUGCAAUGUAGCACCCAAGGACGGCUUAAAACCAGAAAAGUCACCUGGUAAAUAAACCUGACAAGUCUG